AUGUGGACUAGAAGGGCCUCCACUUUGCCCACAAGGCUUGCCGGUUAUCGUCGAUAUCUGUCCCAGUCCGCAAUCGCUGUUUUUAGGGAUGUACAGCCGCUUCGGAAAUACAGGAGAGGCCUCCUCCUCUCUGACCGAACCGUGGGGUUUGUGCCUACAAUGGGUGCGCUCCACGAUGGCCACAUGUCUCUAAUUCGACAGGCGGCCCAGGAAAACACCGAUGUUGUUAUCAGCAUAUAUGUGAAUCCGACCCAGUUCGGAGUAAAUGAGGACUUGGACAGUUACCCCCGGACAUGGCACGAAGAUUUGGAGAAGAUAAAGGCCCUUAACGCGGAGUUUGAAAGCAAAUCGUCACCUGGAUCUGGUCGUGUUACAGCAAUAUUUGCCCCUACAACCAAAGUAGUGUACCCUACGCUACCUCCCACAUCCGAGUUGAACGGAAAUGGAAGCUUCGUGACCAUAACACCACUGGCGAACAAGCUCGAGGGAGCUUCUAGGCCUGUUUUCUUCCGGGGAGUUGCUACUGUGUGUACGAAGCUGUUCAACAUGAUAACUCCGGACCGCGUCUACUUUGGCCAGAAGGACGUACAGCAGUCUAUUAUUAUCAAACGAAUGGUGCAGGAUUUCCAUAUAAAUACCGAGGUUAGGGUUGGCCCGACUUCAAGGGAACCAGAGGGGCUUGCGAUGAGUUCUCGCAAUGUAUACCUUGGCGCUAGACGACGGAACGUUGGCCUGGUGUUAUCCCGUGCCUUGAGAGCAGCGGAAGCCGUCUAUCUGUCCGGAAAGAGUUCGCGAAAUGAAAUACUUGGAGCUGCCAAUUCCUUAGCACAGUCCGUUUUAGCUGAACAGGAACUACUUCCUGCAACCAAACGUGCAAGGUUUGAAGUGGACUACAUUUCUCUUGCAGACCCCCAGUCACUAGAGGAGCUGGACCAUGUCGACGAAUCGAAGGGUGCGGUCUUAAGUGGUGCAGUGAAGAUGUAUCCUCUGGAAGAGCCCCAGGAAGGAGAAGACUGUGGACUUGGAGGAGGAAAGGUGCCUGUGAGACUGAUUGAUAAUAUCAUCUUGCAGCCUUCGUCCUGA